AUGUGGCUGCAUGCGCUACUCUUCCUCGCCCUCCUUCUCCUUCUCCUUGUCGUCCUCCUCCUCUUCCUCCAGGUCCCGCUGGUCCCGGGCAGCCGCAACCCCUUCGCCACCGACACCCGCCGCCCGCCCGCCCCGCUCGUCACCGACAAGGCUGUGCGCAGGACCGUCGUCAAGACAGUGUUCUCCGCAGAGAAGGUUCCCCAGAAGCUCGAUGCCAUCGUGGUGGGCAGCGGCAUCGGUGGCCUGGGGGCUGCGGCCCUGCUGGCCAAGGCCGGCUGGCGCGUGCUGGUGCUAGAGCAGCACGGGAAGCUGGGGGGAUGCUGCCACACCUUCACCGAGAAAGGCUUUGAGUUUGACGCUGGGAUCCACUAUGUGGGGCAGAUGGAGGAGGGCUCCCUGAUGCGGUUCCUGGUGGACCAGCUGACAGAUGGGCAGCUGGAGUGGGCCCCGCUCCCAGCCACUUACGAUGCUGUGGUGUUGGGGGACCCCCAGGGUGCUGGCAAGACCUUCCACAUCCAUUCUGGGAAGAGGGAGUAUUUCCAGAGGCUGAAGGAGCAGUUCCCUGGGGAGGCGGCAGCCAUUGAUGAGUUCCAGCAGUUGGUGAAGAGUGCCAGCCGUGGGGUUGUGCUGCUGGGGAUCCUGAAGAUGCUCCCACGGUUCCUGGCAGGGCUCCUGAUCAGCACCAGGCUGCUCCCACGUCUCUGCUCCUUCUCCCACCUGGCCUCAUGUAGCCUCAAGGAUGUGGUGGAUGGUCUCACCCCCAACCCUGAGCUCCGGGCUGUCCUCAGCUACAUCUUCCCCACCUAUGGUGUGCUCCCUUCCAAGGCCAGCUUCUCCAUGCACAGCAUCCUGGUGAACCACUUCCUCCACGGUGCCUCAUAUCCCAAAGGUGGGGCUGGGGAAAUUGCCUUCCACACCAUUCCCGUGAUCCGGAAGGCUGGAGGCAAUGUGUUUGGGAAGGCGCCUGUGCAGAGGAUCCUGCUGGAUGCCCAGGGCAGAGCCUGUGGUGUGAGUGUCAAAAAAGGCCAAGAUUCAGUGGAUAUCUUUGCUCCCGUGAUCAUUUCAGAUGCUGGGAUCUUCAACACCUAUGAGAGGCUGCUGCCGGUGGAGGCGCGGGCUCUGCCGGAAAUCCAGUCCCAGCUCCGCAUGGUGACCCCUGGUGAGGGGGGUUUCACUGUCUUUGUCGGCCUCAAUGGCUCGAGGGAACAGUUGGGGCUGGAACCCACCAACUACUUCAUGUUCCCAGGGAGCGACCUGGAUGGAAUGAUGAAGCGCUACCUGGCUUCGUCCAGAGAAGAAGCUGCCAACAACAUCCCUUUCCUCUUUGUCACCUCACCAUCAGCCAAGGACCCCACCUGGCAAAUGAGGCACCCAGGUAAAUCCACACUGGCCAUCAUCACCUUUGCCAGGUAUGAGUGGUUCGAGGAGUGGAAGGACAAGCAGGUCCACAAGCGGGGGGAUGACUAUGAGGACCUGAAGAAGACUUUUGUGGAUGCCAUCAUGCAGACUGUCUUCAAGCUCUACCCUCGCAUUGAGGGCCGGAUUGAGUACCUCUCAGGUGGGACUCCCCUCACCAACCAGCACUACAUCGCCAGUCCCCACGGGGAGUUCUACGGCACCGACCAUGGCAUCCCCCGCCUGCAGGUCGAAGCCAUUGCCACCAUCCGGGCAGAGACAGCUGUGCCCAGCCUCUACCUGACAGGGCAGGAUUUGUGCCUGGGGGGUUUUAUGGGAGCCCUGCAAGGAGCCCUCAUCUGCGCCAGCACCAUCCUCAAGCGCAACCUCUACGUGGAUGUGGCAUGGCUGAAGAUGCGCUCGCAGGCCACCAACUCCAAGAAGAGAGACUAAAACUCAUCAUCCCACUGCCAGGGACCCCUGCUCCCCACCACAUCACCCCCACCUCACUCUCAGCUGUCACGCACCUGUAGCAGAUGU